UUGACAUGUGGCAACACUUUUUUCGGUCGUUUGAUGUGUGCGUGCGCUUCCUAUUACAAUUUUUCGAAGGAUUUUCCGUAUGUUUUGUUGACGUGCUGGGCGGCGGAAAGUGAAAAACGAAAUUAAACAGUGCCGUGCAACAGGGCGGGUCAGCGAUUGGCAUAAAGAGCAGUGUGUGCCCCGCGUGCGGAUAGGCGUAAGGCGUUAAAAAUGGCGAACGUAAGGGACAGCGACACAUCACUGUGGCUGCAUAAUAAACUGGGCACCUCGAACGACUCGUGGAUAAAUGGCUCGAUCUGCUCGCAGCUGAACAAGGAGGUGCUGCGCAACAUCAAGGAGUGCUUCCCGGAUCUGCAGACGCAGGUCAAGCUGAAGCUCCUUCUCAGUUUCCUUCACAUUCCGCGCCGUCUGGUGGAAGAGUGGAAGGCGGAGCUCGAGGAGGUGAUCGAGGUGGCCGGCUUGGACUCGGAGCUGUGGGUAUCCAUGUUGGCGGAGACGAUGAAGACCUUUCCGGCCACCAGCUCCCUGAACACAGAGAUCUCCGACUACGAGGACACGCGUCCCAUCUUCACAGACAUGGUCAAUGACUUGCGUAAGUUGGUCACUAAGCACUCGGAUUUGGGUAUGCUGCCCCUGGAGUGCCAGUACCUAAACAAAAACGCGUUGAUCUCAGUGGUGGGCCAGCAGCCCGCUCCCGUCAAGCAUUUUACGCUGAAGCGCAAGCCUAAGAGCGCCCAGUUGCGCACCGAGCUGCUGCACAAGUCCGCGGAUGCGCAGUCUUCGCUGAAGAAGGCCUCGGCGCCCACGAUUCCGCUGCGGUCACGUGGCAUGCCCCGCAAGAUGACGGACACCACUCCGCUCAAGGGCAUCCCAUCGCGCAUGCCCACUACGGGAUUCCGCUCUGCCACGGUGCCGGGCAAUGCCACCCAGCGGCCCAACCUUAGUCGCACACCCGCCGGCCGCAAGGAUGGCGGCAUUAAGCUGAUCGAGUUCACCGAACAGCCGCUGGGCUAUGCCGCGGCCAAGAAGCGCAAGCGUGAACAGCAGCUGGAGGAGCAGCAGAAAAAGCAGGAGCAGAAGCAGCAACAGGCGGCUGCGGCAGCUGCAGCGGCCACGGCAGCGGCGGCCAAUGCCGGCGACAGUUCUCCAACGGACGCAGCAACGGCCAGUGGAGGCGAAACACCCGUCACGCCCACGUCGGCCAACAACAGUUUCGAAAUCAAAAUGGAGCCACAGCUGCUCAACCAGAGCGCGGGCAGCCUGGAAGAGCCGCAGGACGAGGAGAUGGCUGGCAAAACGCCAAUGGAGUGCGAUCCCGAGACGCCGGAGUACGCCACGGCCACGCUGGACUUCGCCCAGGCUACCACUACUUCUGUGGCAGAUGGUCAACCUGGAAAACCCUCUGGCGAGGCCAAGACGAAGACGCCGCGCACUCCAAAAUCAGCUGCAAAGCUGAACAACAACAACAGCUUCAAUCACACCCCAAAACGAAUCAAGCAGGAGAUCGAGAUCAAGAGCGAGGAGAUCAUAGUGCCCGCCAGCAUCAAGCUGGAAAAGAUCGAGACAUCCCCGUCGACGCAGGGCCAGCAGCAGCGCGUCAUCAUCCAGCAGCAGCCGCCUAGCUUGGUGCAGCGCACCCCGCACCUGCUCAUCCGAAGUUCGCCUCAAAAGCGACAGAACAAUGGAGCCACCACUAGCUCUGGCACCACCACCACCACCACCGUGGGCAACACUACCAUCAAGAUGGAGAAGCUGGACAUCAAGCCUAUGCUGCGAGCCACCGGCGUCUCACCCUCGACGAGUGCGGGCACUACGACCACCCUCCUCACCCCGCAGCAACUUCGGCAGGCGGCCAAUCCACUGGCCAAUCUGCCCAACAACAUCUCCGUGAAGAUCACCUCCGCCAAGGCCAAGGCGGCGGCGGCCGCAGCGGCAGGACCCAGUGGAAGCCAAACCCAGGCGCAGCAGCCACAGACGGUGCAGGUUCCACAGGCGCCGCAGCAGUCGCAACCCCCACUCCUGAUCAACAGCUCCACUCCCGUCAUCCUGGCAUCCUCACCGAGCGCUCAAAGAGCGAAGGCUUUGGCCAUGCCCAGCAGCAGUACCGCCCCCACCACUACCACGACAAUACCGUCGCAAGCCAUAAAGACGAUGCCGCUCAGCCAACUAAAGACGGCCACCAACAGCGGACCGGUGAUCAUAUCGCAGACUAUUAUUCAGCCGGCAAAGCGAGCCCAACAACAGGCUGGAACCUCGAGUGCAGCGGCCGCUUCCCAGCAACAGCAGCAGCACCAACAACAGCAACAGCAACAUCAGCAGCAGCAGCAGCAGCAACAGCAACUGUUGCACCAGCAAAUCCAACAGCAGACGCAACAGCAACAGUUGCCACAGCAACAGGCUCCGCAGCAGCAACAGACGCAGUACAUUUUGGCUACGCCACAGCAGCAACCGCAACAUAUACAGCAGCAGCAGCAGCCCAUGUUGCCAACGCUAACCUCGUUCUCCCACAGUCGUCCUUUGCCGCAGACCACGACGCUUUACCAAGCCACUACUCCCGGCGGAAAUGGCCAGACGCCCACCAAGAUAUUGCUGAAGACCUCGGGCACAUCGAGUGUGGUGAUGACGCCUCUGCGCCAGGGCCAACCGCAGCAGGCUUCUGCUGUGGUGUCAUCGAAUCCGCCGCCUCUGGUGGCCACCUCGGCGGCAGUGGUUUCCCCCGGACAGUCGACCACCUUGAACAUUCAAAACGUGCAGCUUCCCAAUCGGCCAGUGACCAUACAACCGGCCUCCCAGGCAGCCCAGCAACAGCAUAUGCAGGCCCAGUUGCAGCAGCAACAGCCCCAUCCGCAGCACACGAUCGUGGCCAAUACGACGGCCACCCAGCAGCCAAAGUUGUCGCAGGUGCUUAUGCAACCGACUGGAGCAGUUGGGGCUGGUGGCGUUUCCGCUCUGAACGUCUCACCCACGUCCGGCAAGAACAAGACCAUCAUACUCACCCAGAAGGGCGUCAUACUGCGGAACAUCGGCGGCGACAUGUACCAGCAAAUACCCAUCAGCAAUGUGGGAAACCUGCAAGGACUUGGCGGAACUACGCUCAUGACUACCACGGCUGGACCGCCGAGUUUGGUGAAGACCACGUCCUCGACCGGAGUGCAGUUGCAGCAGCAGCAGCCUGGCAAGCAGAUACUGCCCACCCUCAUACCAACCAGUUCGCUGGGCGGGCAACACGUCAUAGUGCAACAGCAGCAGCCCACCAACGUCAUUGGCAAUUCCCAGCAGCAGACCAUCAUUCGGCCAGUGAUGACCAACGUUGGCGGAGGCCUGACCACGCUGCCGCAGGGCCUGACGCUGAUACAACGGCCGGGCCAGCAGCCGCAGCUGGUGCAGGUGCAGGCGGCGCCGGGCAGCACGCAGCGCACGAUUAUCACCCAAUCGAGCACGGCGGCGGCGGCGCCGCAGCAGCAGCCGCGCCAGCAGCAGCAACAGAUCCUGGUGCAACACAAGCCGGCUCCGACCCUGCAGCAGCGCUUGGUCACCUCCACCACCAGCGGUGGCCAGGGCCAGCCGGGCAACCCGAAUGCGGGGAUCGCGCGCACCGUCCAGGUCCAGGUGCAGGCGCAGCAGCCCCAGCAGCAGCAGCAAUCUGCGCAACAGCAGUCGCAGCAGACGCAGCAGGCCCCACAGCGACGUGGACUCUCGCUAUCGAACGAGCACGUGCACAAGGCGCAUGAAAUGUUCCGCAAGGCGAAUCGCGUCUCGAGACCGGACAAAGCCCUUAUCCUUGGCUUUAUGGCGGGUCUGCGGGAGAACCCCCGCCCGAAUAACGAAAACGUGCUGGUCAUCAAAUUGGGAGAAACUGAGGAAAAAGUACAACAGGAGGGCGGCAACACGGCACUGUGCUUGGUUGAAUCGCACAUCAGGCUGGACUACAACACCGGCGAGUGGAAGACAUUCCAGAACUACAGGCUACAGGACCAGAGUGCCGCCUCAUAGUCCACGAGGGUCAUACGCAUUGUUCGCAGCACCAAGUGAGGAUGGACAGCCAGGCUGAACCCGAACAUGCGUAUACGGAUUAUGGAUUAUGUGUUUUGAUUUGUCAUCCGUUCUGCACGGGCUGCUCCCUCGCCGCCCCUAAUUAGGCUACCCUAAACCCUUCUCUCCUUUCCCCGCCCCUCCCACAGUCAGCAAGGCACCCUAGGAAAUGCUGGUUAUGAUGAAACUAUAUAAUAAUUAAGGUAAAUUAGCUGUACAGUUGUUUAGUAUGUAGCAAAGGCUAGCGCUUAAACAUUUAGUAAACACGCCCGUUCACACAUCCACGAACAUGCACCCAUUCAUCCAAGCACACAGGCAUAUUCACCUCUGGCUGAUCGCUUCACUGGAGAGCAGUUGGAAAGGCGGAUGGGCCAGAAGUGAACGUUCGGACAGAUCCCAUAGGCACACACACCACCAGCACACACUCAUGCAUUUCGAACCCGCAUAUAUAUUUCUAGCAUUAUGUAAUUAUUGUCGAGUAAAAACUGUGUAAUUAUCUUACCAAGCAGCAUAAAAUUUAGAGACGCUGAUCGGCGCUCGUUAUUCAUUAGAAACCCAAUGAAAAUAUAUAUUUAUAGUUAUAUAUGUAUGAGCCGCAGCAACCACAGCAAAAUUAACUUAAAUCUUGAAAUGUGUAAUAGACAAACAAUAAACCUAGCAUAUGUAUUUAUGGCUUAAAUGUUAAA